GCGAAGAUCCCAAGGCGUCAUUGAGACUAUACCUGUAACGCUGGCGCUGGUUACCCGUUGUAUGACCGCUCUCAUUGUGAAGGCUCUUCAAUGCUGUGGUGUCGUCGGAGUCGUUGGUUGUGCACAAUUUCCGCAUUUCCGCUUUCGGCGGUAACGCGUCCCUUAGAGUCUGCCUUAGAGUGCUGGAGUCCCAAUUGGUGCUUGGAAGCCACAGCAGCCAUCUCGGAGGACCCUGUGCAUGAGGCUACUAACUGUGCAAUUUCCCAGUUCCAUCCCUGAGCACCGGUGUCGUACCUGCAACACCAAAGCAAACCACUCUUAGUUCAGCUUGCUUGUAGAUAGCGCCAGCAAUGUAUUCGCUAGUUAGCCAGCUGAAAAACGCACACGAAGAUGGAAUUUGGUCCGUGGCGUGGAGCAAACGUGGUAACAAAAUCGUUACCGGCUCUGUCGACGAUACCCUCAAAGUCUGGGCCGGAGACAGCCUAGAUCCCAUACACACGCUGGAAGGGCAUGAGCUGGGGGUCAUUUCGGCGGACAUCUCACCCGACGGAACGAAUGUGGUGUCCACAUCCCUCGACAGUCAAAUCCGGUUUUGGGAUUUGUUGCAUGGGACGAGGAUAGAGGCCAAGACCAUCGAUGCAGGGCCAGUCGAAGCCUGGACAGGCGUCUACUCCCCCGACGGCCGGCACAUCGCGACGGGCUCACACGACGGCAACAUAAAUAUCUGGUCCGCGGAGGAAUCCAAACUGGAACGCAAGCUGGAAACCCGAGGCAAAUUCACCAUGUGUGUCGCGUACAGCCCCAACGGACUGUUUCUGGCCUGUGGAGCGGAGAAUGGCGCUAUUUAUGUGUUUGAUGUGCCGACGGGGAGGAUGUUGCAUACAUUGACUGGGCACGCCAUGUGCGUCAGGACAAUGACGUUCUCGCCGGACUCGAUGUUGCUGAUCACUGGCUCCGACGACAAGCGGAUAAAUAUCUACGAUGUAAAUCACGCAAACUGCCUCUCAAGCCUCGCCGGGCACCAAUCCUGGGUGCUCUCCCUCGCAUUCAGCGCCGACACCGCCCACUUUGCCUCUGGAGGCAGCGAUAAACGAGCCAAAAUCUGGGACCUGAAAGCCCGACAAUGCGUGCAGACGUUUGAUGACCAUGAGGGGCAGGUAUGGGGCCUGGCGUAUAACGACGACGGGUCGCGGCUGGUCACUGUAUCGGAAGAUAGGAGUAUCAAUAUUUACCAGACUGGGUGAUGGAUGUUGUGCGGAAUAGAUGGGUCUCUCUUCGUGGCGGCGUAUCUUAGCCGGAUUACACGAAGUCUUCGACGCUGUAUGAGAGCCUAUUUGUGUUUGAGACGUGUUGACCAGUGGGGCGUCCCGCCACUGUGGGUCAAGGGCGACCAGCAAGUUCGAAUGAUUCGAUAUGCUUGUGGUGUAUUUACAUGAUGAACGUUAAAUA